ACCUCUCUGUUUCUAAUGUGUCUUUUCUGGUCCAAAAUUCCGAAACGGUAGUUCAGAGAAAAAAGGAAAUGGAAAACAACAGUAUCAUCUCCGGCGACAAGCCCACAGUGAUGGUGACGAACGACGACGGAAUCGAAGGUCCUGGACUUCUGGCUCUGGUUCAAGUCCUCGUCUCCACCCGUCGCUACAAUGUUCUUGUCUGCGCCCCUGAUACGGAACAGUCAGCUGUGAGUCACUGCAUCACAUGGCGUCAUCCAAUUGCUGCCAAGCAAGUGCAUAUUGAUGGAGCAACAGCCUAUGCUGUUUCUGGAAGUCCGGCUGAUUGUGCUUCCCUGGGUAUCUCCAAAACGCUUUUUCCUUCAGUUCCUGACCUGGUAAUCAGUGGCAUAAACAUGGGCAGCAACUGUGGUUAUCACGUUGUUUACUCUGGAACAGUGGCUGGUGCUCGUGAGGCCUUUCUUAAUGGUGUACCUGCAAUCUCUGUAUCCUAUGAUUGGGUUGGAGCUAAGAGCAGUAUUAAUGACUUCACACUUUCAGCCGAGGCUUGCUUACCUAUCAUAAAUGGAGUACUAGCGGAAUUAAGAAACAAAACUUAUCCCCAAAACUGUUUCUUGAAUAUAGAUCUGCCAGCAAAUAUUGCUAAUCAUAAGGGGUAUAAGCUCACUAAGCAAGGUAAAAGUUUAAUCAAAAUGGGGUGGAGGCAAGUUACUUCUGACAAGGCGGGAGGAAAAAUGUUGUCAACAAUGGUAAUGGAGACAGAUUCAACAGCAUCUACAGAAAUUAAUACAUCAGCUACAUCAGCAGAACAUCUUUUGUUCACGAGAGAAAUAAGGAGUGGCCCGGUUGAUGAGGAUGAUAGUGACCACCGAUCUCUUCAAGAAGGAUAUAUUACUGUCACUCCUCUUGGUGCCUUGUCUAAUGUUGACAUAGAUUGCCAUGCCUACUUAAAAGAGUGGCUGCCAAAUGUAGCUGAACGCUUGUCUGCAUCGGCCUUAUAAAGCUAUUAAAGCAUCUGGAUUUCUGAAGGGAUUUUUCAAUCUCAAACGCUUUGCCCUGCAUUCAGAUUGACAGGGUUUUCAAUUGUACUCAAACAUUAUUUUUUUAAACUUCAUUAAGGGUUUUAUAAACCUUAUUCUAUAUGGUGGAUCCCCUAUUCUAAUUUUCAAAAUAUGAUGCUGUAAUUUUCGAGAUGAUAGGUCCCUUAUUCUAUAUGGUGGUAUUGUUAAGCUAUUAAUUAAUUUAGUAGCAGUC